AGUGAUGGAUUACUACUACAGUCUUGUGUCGCCACCGUGCCAGAGUGCAAUACUGGUCGCAAAGAAGCUCGGUAUUACGCUGAACCUGAAAAAAACGAACGUUCAUGAUCCGGCUGAACGAGAUGCACUAACAAAGCUUAACCCGCAACACACCAUCCCGACACUGGUGGACAAUGGGCACGUCGUGUGGGAAUCGUACGCGAUCGUUACAUAUUUGGUGGAUGCCUACGGAAAGGAUGAUGCCCUCUACCCGAAAGAUCCGAAGGUACGGUCGAUUGUGAACCAACGGCUGUUCUUCGAUAUCGGUACGCUGUACAAGCAGCUGAUCGAAAUCAUCCAUCUAGUGAUGAAGAAGGAGCAACCCACCGAUGAGCAGAUGGAAAAGCUGAAGAAAGCUGUCGAUCUGUUGGAACACUUUGUUACGGAACGUCCGUACGCUGCGGCGGAUCAUCUGACGGUGGCGGAUAUUUGUUUGCUGGGUACAGUGACUGCAAUGAACUGGCUGAAGUAUGAUCUGGAACCGUUCCCACACGUGAGGGCGUGGAUUGAGCGCGUUACGGCCGAAAUUCCUGACUAUGCUGAGUUCCGGAAGGAUGCAGAACAGGCGAUCAAGGAGUACAUCGCCAAUCGAAAGUGA